AUGUGUGAUCAUCACGGACACGGUGAAGGUGGCUGCUCGCAUGAGGCGACUGGAGUUGUGCAUGCCGAGGAAGGAACAACGUAUGACAUGAGUCGAUUUAUCGACUUGGAUCAGCUUGUAACACUAAAUGAAACAAUCGAAAACAGCGGCCGAGGAGUCUUUCGAUCAUGGAUGGCACGAAUCGAUCCUAACAAAUUUGUGGAAAGUGAUACAGAUGAAGAGCUUCUCUUUCGGAUACCGUUUACAGGUACUGUGAAAAUCACUGGAAUGGUGGUCAUUAGCGAUGGCGACGAAACGAGCCCGGCAAAAGUGCGAUUAUACAAAAACAAAGAAAGUAUGACCUUUGAUGAUUGCUCUAUUGCACCGGAACAAGAGAUUAACUUGAAGCAGGAUACAACAGGUGUUGUUGACUAUCCAUUGAAAGCGUCAAAGUUCAACUCUCUACAUCAUCUCACUAUACACGUAUCGGAUAAUUUUGGAGGUGAAAAUACGAAAAUAAAUUACAUUGGAUUUCGCGGGGAAUUUCAAGAAGAAUUUCGAGAAAGGGUCGUAAUUGCAACGUAUGAAGCUCGUGCAUUGACAAAAGAUCAUAAAGGCGAAAUACCGGAUGCUGUAAUGCGUGAUUUGAUG